UCAUUGAAAUGUCAUUCAUCAUUCCUAUAUGAGGAGUGAGUGUAACGGAAUUGAUUAUUUUUGACAUUGUGGUGGAAGAAGAAAAAUGUCGUAUCUCUUACCUCACCUUCAUUCGGGUUAUGCUGUGGACCAAGCUAUUUUAAGUGAGGAAGAUAGGGUUGUUGUCAUACGCUUUGGUCAGGAUUUUGACCCCACUUGUAUGCUUAUGGAUGAAACACUUUACAAGGCUGCAGAAAAGAUAAAAAAUUUUGCUGUCGUCUAUUUGGUCGAUAUACGAGAAGUUCCAGACUUUAACUCACUAUACGAGUUGUAUGAUCCUUGUACUGUUAUGUUCUUUUUCCGGAACAAGCACAUUAUGGUAGACCUGGGUACUGGAAAUAAUAACAAGAUUAAUUGGGCUAUGCAAGACGUUCAGGAGUUUAUUGAUAUUGUGGAAACUGUCUAUAGAGGUGCAAGAAAGGGACGUGGUUUGGUUGUUGCACCGAAAGACUAUUCAACAAAGUAUAAAUACUGAACUCCUUUGAGACUCGUAUUCAACUUGGUUCUAUCCUUCACUCUUGGCUCUGUCUAUCUUGUACAGAUAAAGAACAAUAGCUUUUUGAGUUUCUUCGGAUUGUGAUUGACUGAAC